AAACGAGCCUAAAGUCUCAGUAUUGCGCGUCACGCCACACGUAUUUCCGCACAUGGACAGAGCAGCGCGGAUGAAUGAUGUGUGCGGUAUUUAGGACCUGGGGGGAGUUCCCGCAAUGCGAGUAUGAGAAAGCAUGUGACAAACUACUGAUCUAUAAAGAACACGAGGGAAAAGAAAGCGUCCCAAACAGUUGGAAACAUUUCAUCGCUUCAUCGACUACCAUCUUUCAGCAGCAGACAUGGAUUGCGGAAUUAUAACAUCAAAAACCAUUCUUUUGUUACUCAGUUUAAUAUUUUGGGCUGCUGGAGCGGCCCUCGCAUAUGUUGGCUCCUAUGUGAUCAAGAGCUACAACAACUUUGAGGACUUCAUGUCUGACAGACACACCCUCAUCCCAGCCGCCAUCAUCAUUGGUGUAGCGGUGGUCAUGUUCAUCAUUGGGUUCGUCGGCUGCUGUGCAACUCUGAGAGAGUCGAAAGUUGGUUUAGGCCUUUUUCUUAUCAUCAUCAUGCUAAUCUUCGCAGCUGAAGUCACCGCUUUUGUGUUCGGCAUCAUCUACAGGGGCAGAAUUAGGGGUGACCUAGAAAAGUCAAUGAAUGACGUCUUCCUGAAGUAUGAUGGUCUGAACAGUGAAACUCAUGCAGUGGAUUACUUGCAGUCUCAGCUGGAGUGCUGUGGUGUGAAAAACCAGACCGACUGGACUUUAACAUCGUGGUUUGCCCAACAUAACAACACUGUGCCUCAAUCCUGCUGUAAAGCAAACAUGACGCAGUGCACUGGUCAGCUCUCCCAGCCAGAUCUGCUGAACACACAGGGGUGUGAAGCUAAACUGGAGCAGGUGCUUCAAGAUGUGCUCAGCUAUGCAAUGCUGGUCAUCCUGGGUUUUGCUAUCAUAAAGUUUUUUGGGAUGCUCAGCGUCUGCGUGAUCACCUGCAAGAGCAAGAAGAAUGAGUAUCAACCUCUGUACGCAUGAUCAGAGUCUCCUGAAUCCAUCUUUUUCUCUGUUCAGAGAAUCUCUACAUUCUCUAUACUGUGCAGCUAAACACAGCCUCACUGGCACCAUCGACAACAGUGCUGACACACACACACACACACUCAGUUACUUUUAUUGCCGUUUGCUUUGAAUGCCAAAGCACAAGCUGAAGUGUUUGGUCUGAAAUACUGAGCAUUAUUAGAUUCGAAAGAGGGCUGAAAACUAUGAUGUUCUUUGAUGGUUGAUGGUUUUUCUGCCAGAUAAAUACCAAAUACUGUAUUUAUAUUUACUGCACAAGGUAUUAGGAUAUGUUACUACAGCGGCGUUUCACCAAAUAUUUCAAAUGUAUAGGUCAAACUUCAAAGUUGAAAAAUGUUUUAAGGAUUUUAUGCGUUUGUGGGUAUUUGUUUUUUCCUUACUGCUGCUGUCUACAUGAUUUCUGUCUUACUGUUGUCUGUUUAUUAUAUUACAUAAAAUGGUUCAAACAGAAGGAUAUUAAAUUAUAGAAAUAAAUUGCUCUGAG